CCGUGCGCGCCCGCACGCACUCCGUGGCAAAACCCAAGGCUUUAUUAUUAAUUAUCUAUUUACUCGUUUGACGUACUUCUUCUCCAACUCCACCACACCAUGCCAUCACUCCCGCACAUCACUCCUUCACUCCAUCUCCCUCUCCAUGGGUUGCAACUCCUCCAAGCUCGACGCCCUCCCCGCCGUCGCUCUCUGCCGCCACCGCCUCCGCCUCAUCUCUGACGCCCUCCGCCACCGCCACGCCCUCGCCCGUGCCCACUCCUCCUACUCCCUCUCCCUCCUCUCCGUUUCCUCCGCUCUCCAUCGCUUCCUCCACUCCCAUCUCCCCCUUCUCCAAUCCCAAUCCCAAUCCCAAUCCGAAUGCAUCUCUCCUUUCCACUCUUCCACCGCUUCCCCUACCCUCGCCGUGCACCAUGCUCGCCACCAACCCCCGCCGCCCAAUUCCUUCUACUUCCAACCGUCCGAACCUGUUUAUUCUUACCCUCCUGCGCCGGCGCCGGUGCCGGUGCCGGUUCCACAGAUGUAUACACCGAGUCCUCCGACGACGCCGCCUCCGCCGCCUCCGGCAGCGGCAUAUGGAUGGGAUUUUCUUGAUCCUUUUCGGACGUAUGAUGGUUUCUAUCCGGUUUACCGGCCGGUAUACACGCCGAGCAGGAGCUCGAGGGAGGUGAGGGAGGAGGAAGGGAUUCCUGAUCUUGAAGAGGAUGACGAUGAUCUGGAAGAACAUUGUUGUGAGCCUCCGUCGGAUCAUCGUCACCGAGGGUUUUAUCAACAGCCGGAGAUUGGGGUGGAUGAGGGUGGGGAAGAUGAAGGGAGUUCAGUGGAGGAUAAUGCUGGUGAACAAACCCUCGAUUUGAAGUUCGAUCGAGGUGUUUCUGAGGCUGUGGAGGAGAUUAUGGUGCAGUUUGAUAGAGCUUCCAAGUCUGUUGAUGAGCUUUCUUCCAUUCUUCAAUUGGGGGAGAUUCCUCAGCAGCAGAAGAAUGUGGGUUUUGCUGGGGAUUUCUUUCAGGUGAGAGAGAUGGAGACUGGGAGUCUUUCUUCUACUUUGCAGAAGCUUUACAUUUGGGAGAAGAAGCUCUAUGAAGAAGUUAGGGCUGAAGAGAAAAUGCGAGUACUUCUUGACAGAUACUGCAAGCGGCUGAAACGUCUUGACAAAACAGGAGCUGAAGCUCAGAAGGUUGAUUCUACUCAAAAAACUAUCAGAAAGUUAUCAGCCAGGAUAAGAGUAGCAAUCCAGGUUGUACAGUCCAUAUCAAAUAAGAUAAAUAAGGUGAGGAAUGAAGAACUAUGGCCUCAGAUCUGUGAAGUGAUUCAAGGGGUAAUGAGAAUGUGGGCAGUUAUGUUGGAGUGUCAUCAGACUCAGAGUCAAGCUGUAUUUGCUGCUAAAAAUCUAGAUUCUAUUUCAUUUGGAUGUGAUGGCCAACACAAUUAUGAUCAUAUUGAGGCAACAAAGGAACUGGAACUGGAGAUGCUGAAGUGGGUCAGUUCUUUUUCUGCCUGGAUUAAUGCCCAGAAGAACUAUGUCAAAGCCUUGAAUGGAUGGCUUUUGAAAUGCAUCCAAAAUGAGCCCAGAAUAACAUCUGAUGGAAUUGCAACCUUUUCUCCUGGAAGAUUAGGUGCUCCUCCUGUGUUUAUAAUCUGUAAUGAUUGGUCACAAGCUAUGGAUAGGAUAUCUGAGAAGGAAGUGAUUGAUGCCAUAAAGGUUUUUACUGCAAAUGUUCAACAUCUCAGAGAACAACAAACUUUUGAACAGCACCAUAUAACGAUGGCCAACAAGGAGAUGAAUGGAGAACUUAAAAUCACGGAAAGGGACGAACCUGAAUUUCACAAAGCAAUACAAAUGCGAGGUAAGAAAUCAUCCACGCACCCUUGGCAUAUUGCACAUCAUAAGAACACUGUUCAAGAAAGCAACCUGCAGUUAACUUUGAGAAAUAUUUUCGAAGCCAUGGAGAACUUUGCAGCUACUUCAAUGAAAGCUUAUGAACAGCUUUACAUUCGUUCAGAAGAAUUAAGGUUGGCAAGGGGGAAUGCAAAGGUUCCUUAAAUUUUAGCAACUCUCGGUCAGCUUCCUGUAUAACCUUGAUCCCCGGCUCACGUGCAUGUCAAGCCGGUUCUUUUUACAUAGUUAUCACUUUGUGCUAUUAGUAAUUGAUAUUCACUUCAGCAGUGAUCAUUUUGGUUCCUGGCAUGAAGGAAUGACGCAUUGGGGAUUGUCAUAUCUUUAUCAAAUGGUUCAAUCGCGCCUGACUCCGAGUAGUCUUGAACUGCAGUAAACAACCACAUUGUUUUUGUAUUCCAAUACAGAUAAAAAAUUUACAUCUUGAAAUGUAGCCAAGUCGAAAUUUUCGAAGGCCUGACCUACCAGUAAGGAAAGCUUUGAAGUCAAGGUACCAUUCAUUAAACUGCUUGUCGAUGAAUUUUGAUGAAACUGACUGGUUAACAACUACAUGGAUUCUUCCAAUUGGUGUCAUUGCAGAACUAGGAGACAAUUCUUAAGAAUGAUCUCAUCCAUUCAUCCUAAUCUCUUUGAAAAAAAAUCUUAUAUAGAUCAGUUUGUAUUAUCUGUCAUGUUUUUUUCUGGUUAAUCUAGUGCUGAUGUGAAGUUAUGAGUUGUAUUAACAAUGGUUCUAAAGUUCUAACUGAGAAUGUAUUCCUGACUGCAAAGCAAGUGUACAGGUUUCACUUCAAUUUCAAU